AUGUCAACCGACUGGCGAUCCGACCAUGGACGCGCCAGCGUGACUUUCCUCCGAGAGAAUCACCUGCUCGACCGGAGUGCGGACGCCGACCUGACGUGGGGAUUUGCCGUCAUACGGCCGACUGGCGCUGCCGACGACGAACAAUGGGAGGCAGCAACGCGCAGCUUGCGGGAAGGCAUUCUCUUGCCGUUUCGCGAACAUGACAAUCAUCUACAGUCUGAACGUGGAGGUGCUCCGCUGGACCCAACACCUACCGACCUGAUCGCAGGCAAUCUUGAGCUGCCCCCAGAGCAACUCGACGAUCCGUUGCUGCGUGCAGAGCGUGCACAAUUUAGAGAGUACGUCAGCAGCAUGUGCGAGCAAGACCGAUGGGGGGUCGUCCAUGCCGCCUGCAUCGCCCUGGAUGCUACGGCGGUGGAGAAGCUUACGGACGGUCAUCUGGCCUCUGACGACCGCCAUGUUAUCAUCCUGGACGAGGAUGAUAGCAUCAUGGUGACGGAUUACUACGGCGCAUGGCUCUUCGCGGAACCAACGACGCUGAAUCAACUCUAUCGCGACUUGAGGCAUGGUGACAUGACUCUAGAAGAGCUUUCACCUCAUCCUCAUCGCCAAGGACAGCUUCCCCUAUGGGACGGCGACACUUGCGGUAAGCUGAUAGACCCCCCCGGCGGCGCCGGAUACCGCCUUGGGGGGACGACGAGGGGUAAGGGGGACAAGGACGGCACCGGCGGUCAAACGAACAGUGCGGCAAAAACUAGAGUGCGCGGAAGGCCUCAGCUGAGUCUGCCGGUGACCUCGUCCUGUUCGUUCAUCUCACCGGUGACGGAAGAGGAUGUGUGGAUCAUGCUGGAUCACGCUGGUGCAACUUUCGAGUCGAAGCAAAUCACAUUUCGACCUUGGGAAGUGAAGGCCGCGACCCCAGACGCUGUGGGAUGCGGAGUUUGGCGUUUGAAUCCUGGACGUGAGGGUGAGGGUGCGGUACGGGCCCUCGUCAUGCCCUGCUUGGUAUUAAUAAUCGCGGCGGAGCUGAAGGUCUGUUGGACGGCCAUCCGCCUAUACUUGCCGCGCCAGGUCGUGGAAAGCAUGGAGAGGGUGAGACUGGCCAGGAGGUUGCUUGCCCAGGGUGAAGUUGAGUGGAGGGAGACGGUGCAACGUGCGGCCGAAGUCCGACUCCGCCUCUCGCUGCGGCUUCGCCCAUUAGUCAGCUCUGCGGCCUCUGGCACAACCCCGCAUAUGGAAGCUCAUGGACGACUUGGAAAGGCCACCAGGGUCGUCGGAGAACGAACGCUUGGACGGAGACGGCCCCUCCGCCCUCCGCCUGGGGCCCUUGUCGGUUGGCACGGCAAGGUCGGUGACGUGCCGCAUCAUGCUGCCCUAUGCUGGCGGCCAGGACGUGUACUUGCGCGGCAUCAGCAAACGCCGCCAACGAAGCGGUGGCUGGCCGCGGGAACGACGCUCGUUGCGGGGAUGGUUGGCUGCCUGGGCGUGCUGACGCUCCCUGCGCCGCAGCGGACUCUUGCGCCGUGCUCCGGACUCCGUGGCGUGGGCGACGCGGUCCAUCCGUAUCCUGCCGCCUGCCUGAAGUGGGAGGGAGGCAGGGAGGGAGAGGGGAGGCGGAGGCGAGGCGAGGCCAUGCGGGCCAGGAAUCGUCACGGCAUCGGAAUCACGCCAUCACCGCCGCACGCCAUCGCCGCCGCAUAUCUCGCUACCGCACGUCAAAUUCGAUACCCGUUGCCUAUCGUGCUUAGCAUCCCAUCCCAUCCGCCUGCCCCUCCGCCUUCACCUCUGCCUCGGUCCCGGCCAGAUCGGAACACGGCUACCCGCACACCAUCGCACCAACGAGGACGACAAACAGCCGCCGCCACCAUGACCUACACCCUCUACGACGCCUCCGUCACCGUCGCCAAGGAGACGCUCGAGUGUCUCGCCGCCAUCCUCAAAAAGGGCGAGACGGCGCCCAACGCGGCGAGCCUGCCCGAGGCCCGCAUCCACCCCGACAUGCUGCCUCUGACCUUUCAGGUGCACUUUGUCACCGACCUUUCGCAGAAGAUGGUCUCCCGCCUCACGGGAGAGGAGCCCCCGACGCUGGAGAACAACCUCAAGACGUUUGCCGACUUUCAGGCGCGCAUCAAGCUGGUCCAGGGCGCGCUCGCCAAGGCCGACCGGGACCUCGUCAACAAGCGGGGCGACGAGAUCGUCUCCAUGGGCCUCGGCUCCGGCAAGACGGCUCAGCUGCCCGGCACCGCCUACAACAGCGGCUACACGAUGCCCAGCAUCUUCUUCCAUCUCGUGACGGCCUACAACAUCCUGCGGAAGGAGGGUGUCGACGUGGGAAAGAUGGACUACCUGACGCCCUACAUUGGCCACCACGUGCCCAAGGAGGCAGCCAACUGA